AUGCAUUACACGUAAGUAUGUGCUUGCAAAUAGUUCUAGAUAUGUCUCUUCAUUAAGUGUAUUAUCCCUGCUUCUGCUGCAACAAAGUCCUCUCUAAUUUUCCCACUAUUACAAAUACAUACAUAGUUCCCAUUGUUUUUUUUCUGAGAGCGAACGUAUCGAAAUCUGACUUGGUCUCAUUUCAAGUUCUUGUCCGAAUGUGAAUUAUCCGUUCGAAUUUGCACGCCUGUCUCCUCAACAACCCCCAAGUGACUGCAGCACCUGUCAUUUCACGAUGAAAUAGAUAGUCAAUAGUACUAAAUUGUGUGAAUCAGUCACUGCACGGCGAAUUACUUCAGUGACUUGUAGCAUAAGUUGGAAUCAUGUCAGCGACGUUUGUAAGUAGUUAUAUAAGGUCACCGUUGAUAUCCGUUGGGGCGAUUUCUUACGGGAAAUUAUGUCUGCUUGCGUGUAAUUGAAAAAUUCUCUGAUUACUGCACAAGGAUUCGUAAAUAAGGCGUUGCAGGGUAUGUGUAACAGGUAUCAAGUGGAACAUACGGCGUGGAAAUGUGCGAAUACAAAUGUGGAAAUUGUCGAGAGUUCUUGUAAUUCAUGUCUCGCACAAUAACCAAACCAAUUGAAGACUUGUGUCAUUUCUUAAUAAACCCAUGAACUGGUUGCAUUACAUGUCUUCGGGUGGUCCAGUGUAGGUGGACGCGCCGCGAUAAGCUCCACUGCUCAGUGUAAUAUUAUAAUUAUAAGUGUGCGUCGACAAAGUUUUGGUGAUCAUCGUCAUAAUUUGUUUAAUGUAUGACGGCACGUAAAACAAACUUUUGUAAAAAAAAAUGCGGUGAAGUUUUUUGUGACAAAAAAUCCCGUUUCAAAAUUGAAGCACGACACGAAAGGAUACCCACGCCAGAAGUAAUCAUGGAUAUGUGUACGUACUUUUGCUUUGUUUAAAGAAAACAUGUAGUCAACAAAACUAAUGUGGAAUUGAAACUCAGCUCGUAAAUCACUAUUCUUCCAAAAACAAUAAAUAAUCUGGGUUCGAGUUGUGGAGUCGUUCUGCAAUUAUUCGUGACAAUCUGUGAAGAAGAUACAUAAAUCUAUAUUUUGUGACACCAAGUUUCAUCUAUCGAGAGGAUAAUGGUGUGCAUGGAUCAUGAUGGAUGUGACUCAUUACGAGAGAAUAAUAACAAUCUUGUCACUAAUUGUUCACCAAGAUUCAAAGUACUUACACUGCGAUUGUUUGUUUACUGGGAACUGUGAAAAUCUACAGAUUAUUAUACAUACGUUCUGCUAUGCAAGAGGCAUAACAAUAUCAAUAGAAAACCUGAUUACGCUCUGAUGGGAAAUCCGAUGAUAAUAAACUCGUAACUGAAACAUUCUCCGAACUCUCAGUUGCUGAGAUUUAGUUAACAGAGAUAAAGACCCCAGAGUUCGUGCUACAAAAAUGCUUGAAACUGCAACUGCGCAACCGGAAUAGCAUUCAUAUUCUCAGACCCCUUCUUAGAUAAUUGGUGUUAGCCUCAUUAGUUCGACAGUUUACAGAGGCAACAAGUGUGUGUGUGUGCAUGUGUGUAAUCAAUGUCUGAGAAAAUUGUGGCAACCAAUAGUGCAAUUGCAAAGGACGGACAAUGGUGGUGCAACGACACAGUUCUUGCUACAUUUUCAGUUUUUUUGGAAUAUUUCUGCACUGUUUCGUCUGCUGCUUUGGGUCUUACUUCAACUGUGACCCGGUCAACCAAGGUCACUACUGCUUGUGUUCUCAAAGUGAGCCAAGAGUUUGGGAUAUCCAGUGUCCUGCCCGGAUUUUGGAAGUAUAUCCGGUGGCUUUGAAAUUGUCCAUAUCACAUUUGGAUCCGGAGGAAGCCAACUUGCGCAUUGUUUGCGAUCCGAAUAAAAGUCACUUUGGAUGGCGUUUGGUCCAAGGGGUCGAUUUUGACAAUGACAUCACAUUUAGCAUUACAAGUUUGGAGAUUAGUUAUUGUCCUCUUAUUUCCACAGUUGAUCUCCAAAAUUUUUUGCAACAGUUGAAGCUGGAUCCGGAGGAUAUUCAGAGCUUUUCAUACCAAUCAUGGCGAGAAAAUGUCACAUUUCCGCCAGAUUUUCUGAAAGUGAUGCCCAAUUUGGAAAACCUAGAUUUGACAAACAACGACCUGGACUCUUUACCCAGUUUUCAAGAUUUACAGUUUUUAACUAGGCUUCAACUCUUCUCAAAUAGACUGACAACAAUUCCAAAUGAUACUUUUACACAUAAUUUUCACCUGGAGGAAAUACGCUUGGGGUCAAAUCGCUUGUCUAAAUUGGACAUGACAAUAUUUCCUAGCUCAUUAAUCUUUCUUGACUUGGCGGACAAUCGCAUUACUACAAUCACCAAUCAAUCAUUCGUGAACUUAUUUGGACUUCAGGUUUUGAACCUGAACAGCAAUCCGCUGGAGCAUGUGGAAAGCGGAGUGUUUAGUCCUCUAAAAAAUCUGACAGAGUUGAGCCUUGACUACUCGAAACUCUUGUCUCCUCCCGUACUCAAAAACCUGCCCAAAUUAACCAACCUAUCAAUUUCAUACAGCUUAUUUUCCUCAACUCACGAAUUAGUCACCACCCUCACGCCAUUGUUGUUACAAAAAGAGGAUACGGAGGUGACGACUGGCAACAGUGAGACUACAAAUUUCUACACAAGCACGACACCCCUGACGACAAUGACGUCUCCUCCUGAUUACAAGGAGGAUGGCGACGGAGAGGUAAUUAGUGAAAAUGAGACGCCCGGAGGAAGAAGUGAUGCUGACGAUGGCGAUGAUUACGAGUCUAAUAACAACAGUAAGCAGAAAACAAAAGUAAUAAGUGAGGAGCUCAUCGGUGAUUUGUAUUCCUUGCGAAAACUCAUUCUCAUUAACGACGACCUCAAAUCCCUAACUUGGCUCGGUUAUCUGCCCAACUUGACGGAUUUGGUGCUGAGUCGGAACCAACUUCAAGUUAUUCCGAGUGGCUUUUUUAGAAAUCUUCCAUCCGUUGUGUAUGUGGAUUUUAGUAAAAAUUCCAUCAAUGAGUUGAAUGAAAUGGAUGCUCGCUUUAUGACCUAUUUGGAUCUGAGCAACAACUUUUUGAGGAUUCUUGACCACGAUUACUUCAAGCACCUGCGACAGUUGCGCGUACUACUUCUCUCCACAAACAAGAUUGAGUACGUCCAUCCUCGAACUUUCCAAAAUCUUGAAAGUCUCACCAUCCUUGACUUAUCCAACAAUCGCAUCUCGUUCGAAACAGGACCACCCUCGAUGACACAUGCGAUGAGGACAGGGGGCCUUGACAUGAUGAUGAUGGCCAUGUCCAGCACCAUGAUGCCCACGACGACAAUGUCAGCAGGGUCGGACGAGGUGGAGGAAAAGUUGGACGAAAUUCAGCCUCACAAUCAGAGUCCACUCCAAUAUUUGACCAAAGUUGAGCGGAUAAAUCUCAAGAAUAAUCUCAUCAACAAGGUUUUCAUGGACUGGACGUUUGUACCCACCAAUUUGAAGAGCUUGGAUUUAAGCCGCAAUCAAAUCAAAUCCUUGCAUCCUAGAGAUCUCUACUUUGUGUCUCAGGACGUAAGGUUUGACCUGAGGUACAAUGAAAUAGCGGACGUCGACAUGGAUUUUGCAGACUUGUUGUUGGAUCCUUUAGAAAAUAAAAAUGUCGUCGUGUUGCUGGAUGGGAACCCAAUCGACUGCGACUGUCAUGCAAUUUCGUUCAAGAAAUUUUCAGUCAAAUCCUAUCACCUCCAAUAUUCAGAUCUACGAUGUGCGUCCCCUCCGACUUUGGAGGGGCGCAAAUUCUCUGAAAUUGAAGCAAAGGAUUUACGCUGUAUGCUUUCACAAUCCUGCCCAAUUGGAUGUUCGUGUUGGGAGCUGCCGUCAGAAAACUUGAUAAAAAUGGACUGCAACAGCCUCAAUUUUUUAUCCUCGCAAAAUGUAACAUCCUUGAAAAACUUUACAGAUGUAUACGAACCAUUAGAGUUUGAAAUAGACAUUUCAAACAGGAAUAUGCAACAUAUAACGGAGUCCAUAACUCAAAGUAUCACGUCACAAUUUCGGUUUGUGAAUCUCACUCAAUCUGGUCUCUUGUCCCUGGAUUUUUUGGCCGGAUUACACCCAUCCAACAACGUGACAAAGUUCGCCCUAUCUAAAAAUCGCUUCAAGUGUGAUGGGUGCAAAUUUCAGAAACUUUGGUGGACAAAUUUUAAGCGGAUAGUUGAUAUUCGUAACGUCACGUGCAUUCUUGGUGAGAAUGAUGGUUCGAACGAGGGCCAAACGUUGUUUUUCCAAGAUAUUGUGAGAAGCUCAAUGUGUUCCGAAAAUGCCAUAAGUGACGAAAUAAGAUGGUUGGUGAUCUCCUUGGCCAUUGUCAUCCCUGUAAUAAUUUCCACCAUGAUUUGUAUGACAAGACUGCACAAAGGGAGGGGCAACACCAACGCCUCCUCAAAAAUUAGGAGGUUAGAAUCCAUGGUGGGAUCGCAGUCGAGGGCGUAUGCAACCACGCGGUCUAAAGUGGUGGAUUUGGAUAGCAGUAAUUUCUGAAUGUUUAUGUACAAUCCUAAAUACAUAACAAAUGAGUGAUACUUAGUCAAUGGUGUCUGUCUGAGACGUGGGGUUUAUUUAUUUUAUAAAUUGUUAGUACAUGUAAAUAAAACUAUCACAUAUUAAUAAAUGUUUGGUUUUCUCA